CGCCAGAUUUAGGCUCUGGUCCGAAAGGGCGUGGGUUCAAAUCCCACAGCUGUCAACUCUUUUUACUAUUUUUCUCUACUCCAAACCCUCUAGCUCGUCGAGAAGGUCUAAAAUAACACCAAUCUCGAACGUCGAACCCAUAAAAACCACCUUUGAUUUUGAACAGUUCUUCACUUGUCCAGUAUAUUGCGGCGAUUCCAAGAUGGUGGUUCAGACGAAUCUCUCACAUCGUAUCAUCUUCCUGUUCUUCUUGGUUCCGUUACUAUUUGCCCAAGCUGAUUCGGACUCGGACUCAGAUCUCAUCAACGAGCUUGUUUCGCUCAGAUCAUCAUCCCCCGAUUCAGGCGUGAUCCGUCUCUACGACGACGACGUUUCCAAAUUCCUAACCUCCGUACCCACUCCAAGACCUUACUCACUCAUCAUCUUCUUCGACUCCGUUAAUCUCCACAGCCAUAGCAAGCUUCAAAAGUUCCGCCGCGAGUUCGGACUCGUCUCCUCCACUUUCAUCUCCAACAACAACAACGAUGGAUCUAAUAACGGAACAAAGCUCUUCUUCUGCGAGAUCGAGUCAACCCACUCAGAAGCUUCGUUCCAUCGCUUCAACGUCGAGACGUUACCGCACAUUUCCCUCGUUAGCCCGACGACGGAGAACUUAACAGAAUCUGAUCAAAUGGACGGUGGAGAUUUCGCCGGGUUAGCAGAAUCAGUGGCAGAGUUCGUCGAACGGUUAACCAAACUCACCGUUGGUCCAAUCCAACGACCACCGCUUCUUUCAAAGACGCAAAUCGGAAUCAUCGUUGCGUUGAUCAUAAUCUCGGCUCCGGUUCUUAUCAAGAAGAUUCUAAAAGGUGAAACACCUUUCCACGACCGGAGAAUCGGGUUAACCGGUGCGGUUCUCGUCUACUUCUUUAGCGUCUCAGGGACGAUGUUUAACAUCAUAAGGGAAAUUCCAUUGUAUGUUAAAGAUCAUGAAGAUGAGAGUAAGUUUGUUUUCUUUAUCGAAGGAUCAGAGAUGCAGCUUGGAGUGGAAGGGUACACUGUAGGGUUCUUGUACACUGUGGUUGGGUUGCUUUUGGCGUUUGUUACUCAUAUGCUUGUUCGUGAUAAGAACAUCAAUGAGCAAAGGAUGACUAUGCUUUUGUCUCUGGUUAUAUCGUUUUGGGCUGUGAGGCAGGUUGUUUACUUGGAUAACUGGAAGACUGAAUAUGAAAUUUACCCAUAUUGGCCAUCGAGUUGGCGGCAUUGAUUGAUCUUCACAGACAAAUAAAGGAAUGGAAGAAGAAGUGGCAAGUGCCUUUGUGAAUCACUACUACCAUCUCUUUGACAACGAUCGAU